AUGCGAAAUGAAGAGGUAUUUCACCGAGUCUUUUGGGCAUUUCAUCCUUCCAUAGAGGGCUUCAAGCAUUGUCGUCCUGUGUUAACUAUUGAUGGUACACACUUGUAUGGGAAGUAUAAGGGCACUGUAAUGAUUGCCAUGGGCUGUGAUGGAAAUAAUCAAUUGUUUCCUCUUACUUUUGCAUUAACUGAGGGUGAAAAUGUUGAUAGUUGGGGAUGGUUUUUGGCAUGUAUUAGAAAUCGAGUAACUCAAAGGAGGGGUCUUUGUGUUAUCUCCGAUCGUCAUCCGGGCAUUAUGGCUGCAUUUGCUGAUGUUUAUCUUGGUUGGUCUGAGCCAAAUGCAUAUCAUCGAAUUUGUAUGCGCCAUCUUGCUAGCAACUUUAUGACUCACUUUAAGGACAAAUGCUUGAAACAACUUUUAUGCAGAGCUGCCUUAGAAACUAAGGUAGAAAAAUUCAACAUGCAUAUGGAGACAAUUGGGAGAAUCAAUCAAGACGUACUCAGUUGGUUGGAGGCUAUUCCCUUUGAGAAAUGGGCACUAUCACAUGAUGGAGGUCGACAAUAUGGCAUAAUGACUACAAACAUGUCAGAAGUGUUCAAUAGUGUGCUUAAAGGGGCACGGAGUUUCCUUAUCACCGCAUUUGUUCAAUUGACAUUCUAUCGAGUUAAUAGUUACUUUGCUGUAAGAAGAGAACAUGGUGCUAGUCGACUUGCUUCAGGUGAACAAUACACUCCUUAUGUUGAUGCUAAGAUUAAUGCAAAUGUUGUUAAGGCAGGUUCUCAUGAGGUUGUUUUGUAUGAUCACUUCCAAGGACUGUUUCAUGUGAAGGCCAGUAGGGGUAGUAAAAAGACAUCAUCUGGUGGAAGAACACAUCGUGUUAACCUACGUGAGCAUGUAUGCACAUGUGGCAAAACACUCAUAUAUGGAUUCCCAUGUAGUCAUAUUCUAGCGGCAUGUCAUUUUCGUUCAAUUGAUUUUAGAUCAUUUGUUCAACAUUAUUACACUAUACAAUCGUACUUUAGCACUUGGGCACCACUGUUUAACCCGAUACACAAUGAGUACGAGUGGCCACCAUAUGUUGGUCCAGUUAUUGUGCCUGCAGAUUCAAUGAAACGUGUGUCAGGUGGACGACCUAAAUCUACUCGUUUGCACAAUGAAAUGGAUGUUAGAGAAGGUAAAACCUCAGUUACAUGUGGUUUGUGCAAACAAAGUGGUCACAAUCGUCGUUCUUGUCCAAAUAAGAACAUGGGUGCUGGGCCUUCAUGA